CAGGAAGCAGAGGGAACAUUAGACCACUGCAUGCCUGUCGUUUGCUCCCUGUGGCACUAGAAAUUGUCGUUCCCAUAUCCCUUAUAAUAAAUUGACAGGAGGAAACAGUACAAGAAGUCCACUCCAAAGCCUCCCUGAAUUGGAUGUUUUCAUUGUUUUUGUGCCGAGUUCACGUGAAGUUCCAGGAGCAGCUGGAGCAGAGAAAGGGAAAACCUUCAAGGAUCCGCUAUUAACCUCUAUCUCCGGACACACCCCUUGUCAUCAGCCCUCAAAAGAUGACGGAGGCCAUGUUUGGGACAGGGAACGAUCAGUGGGUCUGUCCCAAUGACCGGCAGCUGGCCCUUCGAGCCAAGCUGCAGACGGGCUGGUCUGUGCACACCUUCUGUACAGACCGACAGAGGAAGAGCCAGAUGCUGGAGCAGCAGGAGGUGGAGAACAUCCUUAGUGUCAUCCGCAGGGCUGAGGAGCUGGAACAGAUUGAACAGCUCCGCAUCGGGAGGCUGGUGGAGCGUCUGGACAACAUGAAGAAGAGUGCGAUGGGAAACGGCCUGUCCCAGUGCCUGCUGUGUGGGGAGGUCCUGGGCCUCCUGGGAACCCCCUCCGUCUUCUGUCAGGACUGCUGCAAGAAAGUGUGCACUAAGUGUGGCAUAGAGACCCAGUGCAGUCAGAAGAGAACUCAGUGGCUGUGCAAGAUCUGCAGUGAAGACAGAGAGGUGUGGAAGCGGUCUGGAGCCUGGUUCUACAAGUUCCUGCCCAAGUACGUGCGCCCAGGGAAGGAGGGUCCAAGUGGUGCUCCUCUGGGACUGCGAGGGGCCCAUGGAGGAGGGCAGAAGAUGGCCAGGAGUUCCAAUGUCAGCCGCACCUACACAUGGGCACACAGCAAAGUGGUGUCUAGUGGCAGCGACAGUGAGUCGGACCACAGUGAGGGCAGCGUGAAGAGCAAGGUGUCCAGCCAGGGUCUCCCUGAGGGCAAGCAGCAUACUGACUCAGUGUUCAGUGGGGGGCGGAUUGGGACCCCCACAAGGCUGGGCUGGGGUCCACAGGGCAGCCUGCUGUCAGAGAGCCGCUCCAGCCUAGCCAGCGAGCCCCCCCACAGCACCACCCCCCCAGCAGCCCCCCCUGAGGACUACGACACAGACCACAGCUUCCCCUCCCCCAGCUACAAGUGA